UAUGUAAUAUGGAUUUGUAGUUGGUGUGGGAGAAAGGAGGGCCAGGUCUUGUGUUUUAUACUGAUGCACAAUACUGGAGAGAACAAGAAGGAGAUUUCGACGAACAAACAACUGAUGAGUGGGAUGUUGACAUGUCGGUCUACUAUGAAGAAGGUGCUGGAGAUCAUGAUGCUCAGGAUAGUGUUGCAAUGUUGCACAGUGACAAACUUCGCUCAGGAAAUAUUUUUCACUCUGUCUUCAAAACCCCAAGAACUCACGAUGAUGGGAAAAAGAAAAUGAGUAAGAAUACCUCAUCAGCAAAUUUGAAAAAGAGAAUUGGGCCAACCUCACCUCCAGUAAUAGGAGAGUUUGAAGAGCAUACCCGAGGCUUUGGUCGCCGACUUCUGGAAGCGCAGGGUUGGCAUGAUGGACAGGGAUUAGGAAAAGAUGCUAAAGGUCUUCCUUAUGCUCUUGAUGGUGAUGGACAACAUCCUCAUGACAAGAAAGGCUUUGGUUACUAUGGAGAAAAACUUCAUGGUUGGAGAACUGCUUCAAGCACAGGCCAACAGCACCAGUCACGUCUCCCAGGAGCAUGCAAGAAGCAUCAGAAAGAUGUCCUGAUAUCUACAGUAUUUGAUUGUCCCAGCACAGUGGAUCCUCCAGCACCAACACUUCGCACUCGUGAACCAACUACUCUUUCUCAUCGUCAUAAUUAUGUGGCAUUUGCAAGAGCUUCAGAUUCUAGUUAACUAUCACAACUUUCAGAAUUUCAUUUUUAUAUUUAAUAGUUGUAAAUAUUAAUUCAUUUUCAUCAAACCUCACAAGAACUUAUCUUAACUUUUUUUUUCAUGAAUCAAAAUUUAGUGAUUUAUUUUUUAUAUGUUUUAUCUUUGAUACCUUAUUUAUUUUUUAAAUUCUCCAUUCUUUUAUGUAUUUUAGGAGAGGUUUUCAGUGAUUUAUACUUCUCAAAUACAGUACAUGUAUGUAUAAUUUGUAUAUAAACCACAAAACAAUUUAUUCAUAUACAGACUGUAUAUAGUAUAUUUUGUAAUAUAUCAGGUUCAUCUCAGCUUGCAUUGUUACUUACAGUGAGCAAGGACACAAAAAUAAUGAAAAAAUAAAAGUUUGUCCGGUAA